CGUGCCCAACAAUAUAUUUCAAAGCAAAAUGUUUAGAUUUUAUUUUUUCUUCAAUCUAAUCUGCCUCUAUCUGGCGAUCAAAAGUGCCCUCAGCGUGGAAAUGGAUGCAAAUGAUCAAAAAUUCGCCCACGAGGUGACCGAUGGUGCGGCCGAAACCGACGGAUUAAGGCGGGAGGAUGGCGACGACGGAAUCAACAAACGGGCGGCCGCCAUGUGGUUCGGGCCACGGCUCGGCAAGCGCACCAUCCCGGUGGACCUGCACGACGAGCUGAUGGAGGAGUUCGACAGUGAACCGUUGGGUUAUGCGGGCGAGUCGCCGGAAAAACUGGCCACCGAGCUUAUCGAGGGCACGCCGUACGUUGUGCUGCUGCUGACGGCAAGACCUCGAAAACCGCAGCCGAUUUUCUACCACACGACCUCCCCCCGGCUCGGGCGGCGAGAUUCCGUCGGGGAGAACCACCAAAGGCCCCCGUUUGCGCCACGGCUGGGCCGAAAUCUGCCAUUCUCGCCGCGGCUGGGACGAUCGUACAACGGUGGAUACCCGCCGCUACCUUUCCAGCUGCCGUACUAAAGUGAUACCAGCGCCACCAACUGACGCCGUAGGACUGUGACCGGUCUGGACAGCUUCAACGUUUGAGUUUAUUGGCAUUAAAAACAAAAACAAAACGAAAAACGAAUGGCUGGAAUCCAAUAAACUCAAACGGUUUGAGGUGUGCCGGAAAUCACACCCUCACCUCUCGACGAAUUGUACAUGUGCUCUCUACUUUAAUAAAUUAUUAAGUAACACGUCAACGUGUGAUGUAAACAAAAUGAUCCCACUAAGAGCAUGAGUGUUAUUUAAAAAAUUUCUUAAAAUUCCUGUUUAAAGCAAAGCGAAUAAAACAAAGCACAGCUUAUGCGAUGAUGCUUUGAAUUCGGUAAUUUAGCAAAAUAAAUAAAUUUCGGAAUGUAUCUAUCCGGAAUAAUAAUUUGUUGUUGGGAA